AUGCACACCGAACUCUCAUCCAUCAUCGAUGUGCCCUUCCAUGCACCAGACCAGAGCAUGUUCGCAAGGCACCAGAGCAAGUUCGCAAGGCACCAGAGCAAGUUCGCAAGGCACCAGAGCAAGUUCGCAAGGCACCAUGACGGCAUUGGCUGUGUGUCAUUAUCAGCUGCCAAGCAGCCUGAGUCAUGCAGCAACAGCCGUGUGACGGUUCAGCACCCAGGACACACAUCGCCACAUGACAUUCGAUCGGCUCACCUCUCUCUCUCCCUGUGCUCCUUCACCCGUCCACACUCCCCUCACUGUGUGCAGGUGUGGCGGUGGGCACGGUCUCGGCACUGCUGGAAGUGCCAUCGCUGUGUGGACCGAUACGAUCACCACUGCCCCGCUAUAGGCACAUGUGUGGGUCGUCGCAACCACCGGCUUUUCCUCCUCCUCAUCCUUGUGUUCAUUGCUGGUGAACUCACCUUCGCAGCGUGCUGCCGUGCCUGUGAGUGCAUGAGUGAUGUAUAUGAUUUGAACACUUGUGUGCCUGUGAGUGCAGCCGUGCCUGUGAUUGCAACCAUGCAUGUGAGUGCAACCAUGCAUGUGAGUGCAACCAUGCACGUGAGUGCAACCAUGCACGUGAGUGCAACCAUGCACGUGAGUGCAACCAUGCACGUGAGUGCAACCAUGCACGUGAGUGCAACCAUGCAUGUGAGUGCAACCAUGCACGUGAGUGCAACCAUGCACGUGAGUGCAACCAUGCACGUGAGUGCAACCAUGCACGUGAGUGCGACCAUGCACGUGAGUGCGACCAUGCACGUGAGUGCGACCAUGCACGUGAGUGCGACCAUGCACGUGAGUGCGACCAUGCACGUGAGUGCGACCAUGCACGUGAGUGCGACCAUGCACGUGAGUGCGACCAUGCACGUGAGUGCGACCAUGCACGUGAGUGCGACCAUGCACGUGAGUGCGACCAUGCACGUGAGUGCAACCAUGCACGGAGUGCAACCAUGCACGUGA